ACAAUAACAGGGCAUCGAGCAACAUUUCAGGGACAAAUAGGAAAAUGAGCUCUGUUGGUUAAAGAGAGUGGGUUGAUCGCAGAUCCUUCCUGCGCCUUUAUUCCUCCACUCUCUGUCAUCCUCUCUCUUUCUUCUCCUCCUCUGGACGAGCUCACAGCAUCCAUCAUCAGCCUGCACUCUAUAAGACUCUUUACAAUCCUCCAUCUGCACGGGGGCUUUUCAAGAGGAAUCCAAGAGGAAUGAGAUCAGCGAUGUUCCUGCAUAUACUGCUGUGUGCCAUCUGCCUCUUUAUCUUGUCAUCUUCUGCCGUCCUCAGUCAUGCAGCAGAUGAGACCACAUUCUUACAAGUGACCAUUCCUGAUAGCCCCCCAGUGUCUGCAAUUUUGGGGGGCUCCCUGACUCUGCCCUGUCUGGUGAGUCUCUCCCGGACCACAUCUUUGGGCCGACAUGCUGUACUGACCCAGCCACGAGUCAAAUGGAGCUUUCUUUCAUCAAACAGAGAGACAGAAAUCUUGGUGGCCCAUGGUGAGCGGGUAAAGGUGAGUGAGUUGUAUAAAGGCAGGGCAUCACUGCUGAAUUAUGCUGCCUCUUCAGCUGAUCUCACCCUCAGACUGGAUGGACUGAUACACAACGAUACAGGCUUCUACCGCUGUGAAGUCCAGCAUGGCUUGGAGGAUGCUCAUGACCAGGCACAAGUCAAAGUAAAAGGUGUCGUCUUCCACUACCGCCAUACCUCAAGUCGCUACGCCUUCAUGUUUGAUGAGGCCAAAGACGCGUGUGAGGACAUUGGAGCUCAGAUUGCUUCUCCAGAACAGCUGCUGGCUGCGUACCGCAGUGGUUAUGAGCAGUGUGACGCCGGCUGGCUUUCAGAUCGCUCUGUUAGAUACCCAAUCCAGAUGCCACGUGAAGGGUGUUUUGGAGACAUGGAUGGAUUACCAGGCAUUCGAAACUAUGGCAUGGUGGAUAAUGAUGAAUUAUAUGACGUGUAUUGCUAUGUGGAGAACAUUCACGGAGAGGUUUUUCAUGGGUCAUCCCCACAGCGCUUCAGCUUGACGGAGGCUAAGACAUACUGUGAGCAGCAGGGGGCUCAGCUAGCCACCACUGGUCAACUGUAUGCCGCAUGGAAUGAUGGUCUGAACCACUGCAGUCCAGGCUGGCUUGCUGAUGGAAGCGUUCGAUACCCCAUUGUGACCCCUCGUGAACGAUGUGGGGGUUCUGAACCUGGUGUCAAGACAGUUUAUCGUUUUAUCAGUCAAACAGGUUUCCCCGAACCAGACACUCGCCAUGACACUUACUGCUUCAGAGCUAACAGCAACUCUCAGACAGUCUUACCUAUAGAUCAUAUGGCAACAGAGCCAGAGGACACCGAGCAGCAUAUUAUGACUUUAGCAGAUCGCCUAGAGGAGUACAAUUUGGAUCAGAUCACUCAACAGUCAGAAAAUGAAGCUCAAGGGGCUGUUGAGUCCUUCUCCAUUUACAGCACACAGACUACUUUAGAACCUGAGGAACACAAGCACAACACAAGCCCUCGGUUACAUGUCACUGCUAGCACCUAUAGAGACUCCACCAUCCCAACCAGCACAGAGAGAUAUCUUGAGUCCACUGAGGUCACCUGGCAAAAAGUUGAGUCUGUUCCAGAGAUUUACAUGGAUCCAAAGCACAAUGAUUUCACACAAGAAGGAGAACCAGAUAUAAAAGCUUCAGCAAUUGAUGGUGUUGAGAGCAGCAAUCAUAGACACUACCAACCAAUGCCAGAUACCAACCUACAGCCAGGAGAGCCUAUCCACUUCAUCCCUUCUACAGAGGCUCAGCCAGAGACAACAGAGGAACCGCCCUCCCAACCGAAGGAGAUAGAUGGGUCCAAACACUUCCAACCCAUGCCAAACACCAACCUGGAGGAUGAGGAUAAAGAUCAUGUGACUAGUAAGAUCUCCAUGACCACUAAGGGUACAACACCGGAAUAUGACUCAAGCAGUGCCACCACAACUCAGGAUGCUUCAGUCCAGUCAAGUCCCUCAACAUACCUACCUGAAGGUGCUACAGUAGAAGAAAAUGCAGGACAUAUCACAGAAACUCCAGAGCCAGAUGAAGACCUGGGUCUUUUUACACACACAACUCAGUCCACCUCAAUAAGACCAUCCAGCACUGAAGGUUGGUUGGAGGGUUCCGGUGAGGACUUGACCUUGUUAUUCACACAAAAAGCCGAACAUUUGGUCACCUCGCAUAAAUCAGAGACAUAUGGAGCAUCUACGCCUGAGACUAUGACAGAGAGCUUCUCAUUAACACAUCUGAACAGUAUUAGUCCAACUUUUAAAUCCAGACUUGAAGACAGUUCUGCAGACCAUCACAAUGCUGAAGAGACCUCAACUGAGACUCUUCCUGUGUCUCUUGGUGCAGUUGAUGAUGCCAGUGAUUAUUCGACUGGGAGCACAACACCGAAGGAAACUGAAUCUUCUGAAGGUUCUGCCGAUCAUGAUGACAUCCUGCCAGUCACACUGUUGACCACUCCUAUGCCUCAUCUGUUGGGCACAUCAACCACACAUGGGCCUGUACAGGUAGAAAUCAAUUCUCCACAGGAAAUGGAAGGAGUCUUUUCUGAAAGCACCACUCCAUCUGGCCUUGGGAUUGUGGAAGAAGAACUGGAGAUGGUGGAACAGGAAGGGCUUGGAGAGGAACCUAAUCAACGAGCCACCAUAUCCAGUGAGCUUAAUAAUUCUACUGUAACUUUCAGUGUUGAUGGCAGUGAUGAGGAUGUCUCUUCCGGAGAAAGAGAACUUCCAGGAAACGGGUCUUCAGUUAUUAAGCAUCCAUACUCAAAUGUGGCCACCAUCACUCCUUCUAAUCUGACAGAUAUGCAAGACCUUAUUGAAACAAAUAGUGAUAAUGAUGAUAAUCAGGCCAGCACUGUGGGACCCACAAAAAGUCUGGAGGUUACGUUUCUUCCUCAUGGGACCCAAAGUCCCAUCUGGCAAACUGUGGCCUCUUCCACAAACCCAGGAGAGUUCAGAGCAGAUGUUGAAUUCAGUGGGGAAGUGGCACUUACCACAGAUUACAUCAAAGCCUUAGAUGAAUCCGACUCCACCAAUGCACCCACCAAUGAGCAGACAACGCAAACCCAAAAACCAUCCACUACGACAGCCAACAAUGAAGAUGAUGAUGACGAUGAUAAUGAUUAUGAACUCAUGAUAAUGAUUAUGAAGAAUGAUGUCAAAACCACACCCGAGUCUUCCACUCUACCUGCCAGACCUACCCAGAGAGUGUUGGUCAGGACAGGCUACAUUUCAGAUGCAUGUCUGGAGAACCCUUGUAAAAAUGGAGGCACAUGUGUGGACAGUGGAGAAGGUCAUAGGUGUCUCUGUCUACCCACUUAUGGAGGAGACAUUUGUGAGACAGAUCUAGAGCACUGUGAACCAGGCUGGGAAAAGUUCCAAGGGUUUUGUUUCAAACAUUUCACCAAACGGCAGAAAUGGGAGGUGGCAGAGCAGCACUGUCGCAUGUGCGGAGGUCACCUGGUCUCUGUUAUGUCACCUGAGGAACAGGAGUUUAUCAAUGAUAAAUACAGGGAGUAUCAGUGGAUGGGUCUCAAUGACAAGACCAUUGAGGGAGAUUUUCGUUGGUCAGAUGGGAACCCUCUGUUGUAUGAGAACUGGUAUCGUGGACAACCAGACAGCUACUUCCUGUCUGGGGAGGAUUGUGUUGUCAUGGUAUGGUACGAUGAUGGGCGUUGGAGUGAUAUCCCUUGCAACUACCAGCUGUCCUACACCUGCAAGAAAGGCAUUGCAGCGUUCUGUGGCCAGCCCCCUCUCGUGCUGCACGCUAAGAUAUUUGGACGUCGUCAACUAAAGUACAGGGCCAAUUCACAGGUGCGCUACUACUGUGAGCCAGGCUUCAUCCAGAAACAAAACCCUAUUAUCACAUGUCAGAGCAACGGACAGUGGGAGGAACCUAAGAUCACUUGUUCACCAGUGGGACCAGCAUACUCAAAUGGAGAACUGGUAAAAUGGCCCACAGGUCAGAACAAGGAAAUAAUCAUAGAAGAGACAACAACAAAAACAACAACACCUGAAUAUUUGGAUAUAAAAUGGAACCUUUAAAACAAGCACACAGCAUAUAGCAUUUCAUUAUUUCUUUCACUCUCCUGUUUAUCAUGUCAUCCCUUCGUUCAUCCUCCUUAAAAACAUCCAUCGAUCAACUCUACAAAGUUCUUUAUAUAACAGCAAUGUUAUAUAAAAAACGGUCCCACUUAACUUUUUUAAAAUGGUACUUCCAAUUGGAUAACAGUUUAAAUACACCAAACAUUUAUAACAGGAUACUUAAAUUAGACUAAAGAGUUAUAAAUGUUUGUUUUUCUUCUCUCGGCUCUUUUCUUUUCCAUUUUUCUCUGUGUAGACCAUGACACUGAAUUACGUUUUGUAAUUCUAAGUUACCGUAAAAGCACGCUUGAUAAAAUGCAACUUCCAAACAAAGCUUGUAACCAUUUGGACCAGACACCUGUUCUGUUUCAUUUCAUCCUUUUUUAUUUUUAAAUAAAUUAUGAGAUAAACCUAUGAACGAAUGCUCUCUAACAUCAGCUGGUAUGAAUCAUUUUGUUUUAUAUUGUGGCCCUGUAGUGACUAAAUAUGUCUGCCUUCAGCAGUAUUACUUAUCCAUUCUUAAACAUUUAGUGUCCUGUGUUUUUCCUCGCUUCGGAUUGUCUGCCAACUUGAGAUCAAGAACUCUUAGACUAACAAUGACCCAACGUUGUCAUAAACUAACAGUAAUUCCUUGAUAAACACAACAGGAAUAUUUUUAUGCUUGUUUUUGGCUUUAAAAUACUCUGGAAAAAAAAUGUUGAAAAGAAACUUCUGUAACCUUUGUAAACUCAAUCAAGUCAGUUCAAGCAUAUCAAUCCAUCCUUUGUGUUAAUGUUGUGUCAGCAAAGCUUUAUGAAGCAGGGACAAUUCCUUAUGCACUCCACAAAUGUUUGUGAUUUCCAGGUCCACAGUUGGUCAUUCUGCGACUUGGUGCUCAGAUUUUCAGGUCUGUAUUGUACUCUGGAGGAUGGCCAUUUUCAAUAGACUACUGUCAGUUUAAUUUGUUUCAGAGAUGCAUCACUAACAAAACCAUAUUUUAGUUUUG